AUUAAAGUUAAUUUGUGAAUGUAGCAGGGAUAUAGAUUGGAGCAAUGUGGGGAAAAUUGGUUUUUAUUCUAGUUGCUACCCAGCUAUCCUCUGAAAUUGUAUCAGCCGCUACAUCCAAAGUGGUGUGUUAUCAUGGAACGUGGGCUCGUUAUAGAACUGGAAAAGGAUCUUACCAACUUACUGAUAUAGACACUUCAUUAUGUACCCAUUUAAUUUACAGUUUUAUCGGAUUAUCUACGUCUGGGAAUAUAGUUUCAUUGGACUCUUAUUUGGACAAUGAUUUAAAUAAUCUAAAGAAAUUCACGGCUUUAAAAUCAUCAAACUCGAAUUUAAAAACUCUGGUUGCCAUCGGAGGCUGGAACGAAGGUUCUACUAAAUUCUCAACUGUUGCUGCAUCAGCAUCUCUGAGAAGUACAUUUAUACAAAAUGCUUUACAAUAUGUUCAAAGUAAUAAUUUUGAUGGACUUGAUUUCGAUUGGGAAUAUCCAGCUCAACGUGGUGGAGCUGCAGCUGACAAGGAAAACUUUAUAACUCUACUGAAGGAAACCAAAGCAGUUUUUGAAGCAAAUGGUCUAUUAGUAUCAGCUGCUGUCGCCGCUGGGGCUUCGUCUGUAGCACUAUCGUACGAUGUUCCUCAAUUAUCUCAAUAUGUCGACUUUAUUAACGUAAUGUUAUACGAUUUGCACGCAUCUUGGGAUGGAGUAUUGGGACAUAAUGCACCCUUAUAUGCAUCAUCCAUUGACACCACUGCGGCGAGUAAACAACUUAACGUUGAUGCAGCUGUUUCAAACUGGAUUGCUUCAGGCGCCGAUCCCCAAAAACUUAUCCUUGGUGUACCUAUGUAUGGAAGAAGUUUUACUCUCGCCAAUAACAACAACGUAGCUUUGGGAGCAGCUUCUACUGGAGCAGGUACUGCAGGUCCCUACACACUAGAAGCAGGAUAUUUGGGAUAUAAUGAGAUUGUUGAAAAACAAUUAGAAGGAGGAUGGACCUACGUCUGGGAUGACGAACAGCAAGUUCCCCAUAUGUACAAAGACAAUCAAUGGGUAGGAUUUGAUGAUCCAAAAGCCGUACAAGUUAAAACCAAAUAUGCCCAAGAUAAAAACCUUGGUGGUGUUAUGGUUUGGGCUAUCGAAACAGAUGAUUUCCAAGGUUUAUCUGGAGUUAAAAAUCCACUCUUAAGAGCUAUUAACGAACAAUUGGGAACUACCAGUUCGGGUUCAUCUUCAUCUUCAUCUUCAAACGCUGCUUCAAAUUCAGCUUCAGCUGCAGAUUCUUCAGCUUCAGCUGCAUCAUCCUCAGCAUCGGCUGCAGAAUCCUCAGCUUCGAAUACAAACAGUGCAGACGCUUCAAAUACCGCAAACUCUGACUCUUCAAAUACAAGAAUUCAAAGCAAUGGAUGCACUAAGGUUGGAUAUGUUAGGGAUUCCAGCGAUUGUUCCAAAUUCUACUAUUGCUCUGCUGAUGCCAGUGGUUCUUUAGUCGGUACUCAAUUUACAUGUAGUCAGGGUCUUUAUUUUGAUACCGCGAGUAACGUAUGCAAUUGGAAGGCUUUAGUUACUGACUGUGUCUAGAAGAAAUCAAUGUACUUCUCAGUUUUUCCUUUUGUUGAAUAGACAUUGAUAGAAAUAAAUUAAAAAACUUUAUGUAAAGAUAUUUGUGGACUUUUAUAAUGUACGUUAAGAAAUAAAGGAAUUAA